ACAGAAAAACUCCUGGUGAAGCAGCUGAGAUCCACGUGACACUAAUCUAAAGAUGGCGUUUAUUAAAGAGGAGAGUGAAGACGUGAAGAUUGAAGAAACAUUCAGAAUGAAACAAGAAGAUACUGAGGAACAAACAGACCUGAUGGCACUGAAAGAGGAGAGUCAAGAAUUGAAUGAAGUGGAAGAAAAAAAACAGUAUGAGGAACAUCAUGAUUUCAUAAUUGAAGAUAAGUCUCAGUGCUCACAGAAUGAAAAGACGGCCUCGCAAAAAAGAGUUAGAAAGACAGGAACUAAAAGUGAUUUCUCCUGCUUUCACUGUGGGAAAAGUUUCACUCAAAAAGGAAACCUUAAUGUCCACAUGAGAAUUCACACCAGAGAGAAGCCUUUCACAUGUCUUCAGUGCGGAAAGAGUUUCACACUUAAAGGAAACCUUAAAACCCACAUGAGAAGCCACAGUGGAGAGAGCCCUUACACCUGCAAACUGUGUGGUAACAACUUUUCACGAAAAGAAAGUCUUAAGACUCACAUGAGAAGUCACACUGGAGAGAAGCCAUACACAUGCCUUCAGUGUGGAAAGAGUUUUACACGUAAAGGAACCCUUAAUACCCACAUGAGAAGCCACACUGGAGAGAGCCCUUUCAUCUGUAAACUGUGUGGAAGGAGCUUCACACGAAAAGAAAGUCUUAAGUCUCACAUGAGAAGUCACACCAAAGAGAAGCCUUACACAUGUGAUCAGUGUGGAAAGAGUUUUACACGUAAAGGAACCCUUAAUUCUCACAUGAAAAGUCACACCGGAGAGAGCCCUAACACCUGCAAACUGAAGAGCAAGAGCUUCUCACAUAAAGUAAGUCUUAAGGCUCCUGUCAGAAUUUACACUGGAGAGAAUCGGUUAAUAUGUGGCCAGUGUGGAAAGAGUUUCAGAUGUAAAGAAACUCUUGAUCAGCACAUGAAGAUUCACACAAGAGAUUGUCGUUUUCAAUGUCAUCAGUGUGGAAGGAGUUUUACAAACAGGAAUCACCUUAAGAAUCAUGUAAUAACUCACACUGGAAAGAAGCCUUUCAAGUGCCAUCACUGUGGAAAGAGUUUCACUCUUAAGGGAAACUUCAAGGUUCACAUGAGAAUUCACACUGGAGAGAAGCCUUACACAUGUGAUCAGUGUGGAAAAAAUUUCAGACAUAAAGUUACCUUUAAUUACCACAUGAGGAUUCACUCAAGAGAGAACUCUUUUCUCUGUCAUCAGUGCGGAAAUAGUUUCACAAGCAGUACAGAACUUGAGAAUCAUGUAAUAACUCACAUUAGAGAGAAGACUUUCAUGUGCCAUCACUGUGGAAAGACUUGCAUAAACAAAGCAAACCUUGAUAUUCACAUAAGGGUUCACACAGGAGAGAAGCCUUUCAUCUGCCUUCAAUGUGGAAAGAGUUUCACACGUAAAGGAAACCUUGAAGUUCACACGAGAGUUCACACUGGAGAGAAGCCUUUUACGUGUCUUCAGUGCAAGAAGAGUUUCACAUAUCAAAGAGACCUGAAUCGUCAUUUGCAAACUCAUUCUGGAAAGAAAUUGCGGUGUUCCGAGUGUGGUAAGAGAUUUCGUAAAAGGAGCAAUUUCAAAAAUCAUCUGCGUAUUCACUCUGGAGGAAGGAGAUUUAAUUGUGAUCAGUGCAAUAAAAAAUUUAUUUUGCCAUCACACUUACAGAUACACCUGAAAAGUCAUGCAUAUGUGAGACCCUAUUUGUGUUCCUUGUGUGGAAGGAGAUUUAAAUGGCUUGGAAGUUUAAAAUGGCACCAGAAAACAUGUAUAGUACGAAAUUAAUUUCAAUUUCAAUAUGCCCUCGCUUAUUUAUUUGAUUCAGUUAAAGGGAUACUUCACCGAUUGGCAUUAAGCUUUGUAUCAUUAGAAACCCAAAAACCGUCAUUUAGCGUCAUCGGAGGCUUUUUUGGCAAGAGGCUAGAGACUACAGCCAGCAUUAGGAGAUAGUGCCGCAUGUUUUCAACCCGCCCAUAGGGAGGGGGUGGGAUCUCACUCACAGAAUGUACAAAUAGUUUAGUACCAGAUGGCCCAGGCUGUUUGUCAUCUGGGAAGGUGAAUAUCGAUGGAAAAACAGCGUCUUUUCAGUUUCGAGUCAACUAGUAGCUUAGUUGGAUCA